UUCCUAUGACGUCGCUCGCCUUAUAGGGACAGAGCCGCGCGGCUCCGGCGUUCAUUCAGAUAAAUUGCCUCUUCUCCGGAGCGGAAUCCCCUGCUUGAAUUCUGGGAGGGAGAUGCGAAGGCAGGGAAGGAGCCACAGAGCAGCAGGGUCGAGGCCGGGAGCGGCUUUAAAGGAAGCGGGCUUGGCUGUCUCUCGGGUGUCGUUGUUUCAACUAAUCACCCGCCGAGGAAGCUGAAGCGCCUAAGGGGCGACCCUUUGCGAGGCUACUUCUGAGAGGGAAAGGAAAGGAGCCAGAGGCGGAAAGAGCAAGCCAAGAUGAAGGUAACGGCUCUGGAUUCUCGUCGACUCAAGCAACUGCUGCGGAAGGAUCCCGCCCUGUGCCUCGUCCUGGACUGCAGACCGUACCUCUCCUAUUCGGCCUCUUGCCUCCGAGGGUCUCUCAACGUCAACCUCAACUCAGUGGUCAUCCGCCGCUCCCACGGGCGGCCCGUGCCUUUACACUUCGUGGUGCCCGACGAAACGGCCCGGGGGCGGCUUCUGCUCCCGCCGGCUGCUUGCUCGGAAGAAAGAGAAGACAGGGACGCCGCGCCGCCUCGAACCUGGACGGCCGUGGUAGUCCUGGAUCAAAACACCAGGCACUGGCGGAAGCUCAAGAAAGAGAGCACGGCGCAGAUCGUGCUGAACACGCUGUCUGCAAGCCUGCCGGAGGCUGGAGCCCGCGUCUGCUUCCUCAAAGGAGGUUAUGAAACGUUUUACUCACAAUAUCCAGAGUUCUGCAUAGAUGCAAAACCUCUGUCCCAAGAGAAGAUUGAAACUGAGAAAAACAUCAACGGCUUGCAUGAGAAGCAAUGCAUCCACCAGAAGCCAGCAUAUGAUCAGGGUGGUCCAGUGGAAAUCCUGCCUUUCCUAUACCUUGGCAGUGCCUAUCAUGCUUCCAAGUGCGAGUUCCUUGCCAACUUAAACAUCACUGCACUCUUGAAUGUUUCCAGAAAGAGUUCUGAACCCUUUAUUAACCAAUUCUGCUAUAAGUGGAUUCCAGUGGAGGACAGUCACACAGCAGACAUCAGCUCACACUUCCAGGAAGCCAUAGAAUUUAUCGAUUCCACCAGACGGGCAGGGGGCAAGAUCCUGGUGCACUGCGAAGCUGGGAUUUCUCGCUCUCCCACCAUCUGCAUGGCUUAUCUGAUGAAAAUGAGAAAAUUCCGCCUGGAGGAAGCAUUUGACUAUAUCAAGCAACGGAGGAGUCUGAUCUCACCAAACUUCAGUUUCAUGGGGCAGCUGUUGCAGUAUGAGUCAGAAAUUUUAUCUUUGGCUCCUAGCCCUCCUGUUGCAUCUUGCAAAAGGGAUGCGGUGUCUUUCUUCACAGAAGAGCUGGCUCUAAGCAAAAGUUUUCCCUUUCCUACCUCGGUUUUGAAUUCAGUACCCCUGCAUUCACCUGUCCAUCCACUAACGCUGAACUCUAUUGCUGCAAAUUCCUCAUGCUGGGCCCUCUUGGGAACAAGAGACAGUACAGUUCCAUGAGGUGAGGUGAUGAUAACUAGACAUUUCAUCUAUACGCAAUACAGAAGCCCUUAUUUAUUUCAUUUUGUUCCAGACACUGGAAUGACUGUCUACAUCAGAAGGGAAAAUAUGCUUUUAUGUUGAGGUGGAGUGGAGGAUGAGUUUGGUGUAUUGAAGCUCGGGUCAGCUAUGCAAUUUGGAGUUAUCACAUGCUAAAUUUAGCAAAUUCCAGGUUUUCGGCUCAGAUAAUCUGAGGACUCCACUUAGAACUUGGAGAUAUUGUUCCCAGAAGUAAAUGCCCCUCAUUCUGGAUAAGAACUUCAGUUCUGUAGUUCUUGGGUGGGUUACUGCUUUGAAAGAAAAAAUCUCUUCAGAGGAUAAUGUGUGCAUAUUUAUGAGUGUUUUAAAUAAUGUCUGAAAUAUUUGUGCAUUCACUACUGUAUAUCCAGACCUUGCUGGAUUAGAAAGAACCACAUUUUUAAAAAGUUACUCAGACCUGUCUGAUUGCUUCUUAGUUCCUGCCUCCUUCCCUCUUUUAAUUAUAGACAUGCGUUGAAGUGUAAGCAAUAAACAGCUGUGUCAGGAAAAAAAGCUGUAUCAAAAAGCACAAUUUACAAAAGAGCAAACCUUGAUAUUACUUGGUAGUGGCAAAAACUUGAAUGCUUGCCUUUUUUUUCUUUCUUUUGUGGGUUCCAAAAAUGUCAUAAUCUGCCAUAUGCAAGUGAAUUAGAAAGCUGGAAAAACAAAUGCCUUUCCCUUUGCACCAAUCAGCCUCCAUUACUUUGUUGGUAUACUACAGAGUUCAAGAUUAAAAUUGGACCCUUACUUGAAAGCCUCUGCUUCAUACUGUUAUCAGCAGAAUGAAGUAAAUUGGGGAGAUAAUUUCUAGUUAUUAAAGCUGCAAAACUCAUGAGGAUUUCAUACAUUAUUCUCCAACCCAGUCCAGUUAGAGCUGAAUUUUCAUCUGAUGUGCUUCUGCUGUUUUAACUAUAACCCCUGUUAUCAUGAGCCAGGAUUUCAAGGGGAUAACUUGGUGUGUUUUAUUCCUUAUGCUACAAAAUUGCUGUUUUCAAAAGACAGUGCAUUGAUUUUGUCAUAAUGCUAUAUGACUAUGUAACACAGUUAUAACACAGCUUGUUUGGUUUUCACAACUUGAGCAUACCCACCAUGUCUUAGCAUUAUAACAGGGGCUCUAUGAGCCAUUUGGUAAUAUGGUAAACCAUGGUUUGAAAAAUAUUAUCUUAAAGUUG